UUUGCGUUGGAUCGAUCGCGAUCGCGAUCGCGCGUCGCGAUGGCUGUGAGGCUCGCGCUGGGGCGCUGCCCGGGGAAUCCCGAAAUGCAGGAGGCAUCCGGCUUGCCGUGGGGCGCGACGCUCACUCCAUUCGCCGCCGAGGACGAGACGGGGCGGCCUUCGUUGCGGGUGAAAUGCGCGGCGCCGCUGCCCCGCUGCGACAGCUGCUGGGGGUACAUGAAUUUCCUGUGCGAGGUGGAUCAAUCGGCGUGGUCGUGCGUGCUGUGCGGCGAGCGGAAUUUCCUGUCGCGCGACGCGGCGGAUCGGUUUGGCCGGGAUGCCAAGGAGCUGAGGUCGUCCUUUGUGGAUUUGGAGCUGGAAGAGGAGGGCAGCCAGGAUCUUAACUUGAGGCCAGUUUAUGUGGCAGCAGUGGAUCUAUCAGCGUCGGAGGAGUUCCUCGAUCUUGUCAAAAACUCUUUGCUAGCUGCUCUUGAAGCUAUACGUGCUGGAUCCUUGUUUGGUUUGGUAACGUACAGUCAUAAGAUUGGCCUCUAUGAUGUGCAGGGCGCUGUCCCUGUCGUCAAGCACGUCGUAAUUCCCGCAGACAUGGAUGGGAAAAUAGUUGUUGAUUUGGAAGAUGUCAUGCCUUUGAAAGCUUUUCUUGCUCCGGUGGAAACGAACAAAGAAAACAUUGCUGCUGCUUUAGAGACUCUCCGGCCGACUAGCUCGUGGGAAAGAGCAACAGCUGCUGGGCAAUCCGCCGAGGGAGUUCCCAUUGGAGGCCGUGGAUUUGGCGUUGCUAUGGACGCUCUUUUGAGUUAUCUAGGCACAGAGCACGGGUCUACUUAUGCUUUUGCGAGGAUAUUUUCUUUCAUAUCUGGAGCACCUGAUUAUGGAGCUGGUCAGCUAGACACAAAACGCUACGGAGAGCAGUAUGCAAGCAAGGGAGAAGAUGCCGACAAGAUCCUCUUGGCAGAACAGACUCCCUUUUAUCGAGAGCUGGCAGCGACGGCUGUACAAGUGGGCAUUUGCGUGGACAUUUUCGCCAUCACCAAUGAGUACACAGAUCUGGCCUCUUUGAAGUUUCUGAGUGUGGAGAGUGGUGGCUCGCUUUUUCUCUACUCCAACACCGAAGAAUCAACUUUGCCCCAAGAUUUAUAUCGAAUGCUAAGCCGGCCUUGUGCCUAUAGUGGAGUACUACGCAUUAGAACUUCUCCAGAAUUUAAAACCGUUCACUCAUAUGGCCACUUCUUUUCUGAUCCUCAAUAUGAAAAUGUCCAGCAUAUUAUCUGUUGCGAUCCUCAUGCAACUUACGCUUAUGAUUUUGAUUUUGGAAAUUCUAGUGGGUUUCAAAGGUUUGUUACAAAAGCUUUUAAUUUGCAUGACCAAAAUCCUGAUGCUUUCAGAUUUACGGACACUCCCAUUAUUCAGGUUGCUUUUCAGUAUACGACGUUGGAGCCCGUGAGCGAGGAGCACGAGAGUACACCGAAGAGGUAUACACUGUUAGUCCUUUUCUCACGAACUGAGUCGGCCUGUGUCAGGCAAAAAUAUACGACGAAGAGAUGGCUGAGGCUACGCACUUUACGAAUGGAGAUCGCUCGGAACCACAAGGAACUCUACGAGAGAGCUGACGCAGAAGCUAUCUUCUGUAUUUUAACUCAUAAGACGAUUCGCGCUUCUUUGGAGGAUGGUGUCAAGGAAGGACGACUCCUACUACAAGACUGGCUGAUUAUACUUGUUGCGCAAUACAACGAGCUCCUUAAGCUAGCACAGUUCGGGCAGCCCACAACAGCAGUUCGGCUAGACGUUUCGUUUUCCAAAUGUCCAUCGUUACAAGUACUUCCUAGGCUGGCGUUUGCUUUCCUCCGAAAUCCAGUUUUGCGGCCUCAUGAGGAGGGCGUCCAUCCCGAUUAUCGAGUGUAUCUGCAAUUCCUUUUCAGUGCUCUCGAGCCAAGCUCCUUGGUACGAGUUGUUUAUCCGCUUCUAUCGUCCUACACUUCUCCUGACAAGCAAGCUUACCCGAGACACUCGCUCAGCCGUGCUGCACUGAUAACCAGUGGAAGCCCGAUCUUUUUCCUGGACGCUUACACGUUGCUUAUUGUCUACUAUGCGUCCACCGCAGACCCAGCGCUCUCAUUCCCUCCACCUCACAAAAGCGCUCUCCGGGAAUUAAUAAACAAGCUCAAGCAAGAGCGAAGCGUGACACCUAAGCUCUACAUGAUCCGGGCUGGCUUCGACAAUGUGGAACCGUUUGAAAGGCAUCUUAUAGAGGAGCAAGACGUCAAUGGGGCUCCCACCGGAACAGGCUUCGUAUCUUUCCUGGACGAGAUUGCGAGGAGCGUCUUGGAGCACAUGAAAUAGUCGUCCAAUCUCUCUCAGGUGUCUAUUAUAUUCGUGGACAUGAUGGUGCUUCUAGUACCAGCCUCUCCUUGUGGUGCCAGCGAAAAUAUGCUCUCCGUCAACAAGUGCAUCACAGCUGUUCAUCGAAGAGGAGAGAAAACGUGCGAGUCUUCGUGCUUUGGAGCCUUUGUCCCGUGAAGCCCAGGAGCAUCGACAAGACAAAACCAUCAAAAAAAGAGAUCAACGAGGGCAUUGCUUUGGCAAAGUCGCCGAGAAUCAACGCUGUUUUUCCCACACGAAGAAGGACGAGUAACGAACGGGACGACGCCCCUUUCUCGUGAUCUUGGAGGAAAGCCAUUAAAUUCUUGGGCGGUGUGUCAGGAUCGUCCAGUCUGUUGGAAGAUUUUUAUUGCAAACAUGGAGUGGUGAAAGUUUUUUUUUAUUUUUCUUCCAAGAGCUCGCGAAGAACAUCUAUGUAAACUUCUAUACUAAAUGUUUCUCUACAAGCUAAUUUAUAGACUGACUUCUCUCCCGAUCUUCGACUAA